CAGAAUCUACUUUGUAGUCUUUUCAGAAUCUACUUUCCACGAAUGUUGUCUACUCAGCAGUCAAAUUUAAGGACUUCUGCGCAGUAGUUCGUUCAAUCCGAUACAUAAGCGAUUGACAUCCAGUGAAACAUCGGGACUGUCAGGCCAGAUAGAAUGUCAGAAAUGAAAACUUCGUCUGGAUGUGAAACUGCAGCUGACGCUCACUGGUAUUCGGUAGGCUCUACAGCGCUCAACUGGAGCAUACUAUCGAUUUCCAUGGUUUGUCUCCUGAUCGUCAUUUCAUCCUCUGAAUCGACAGAACCAUUGUAUUCUUACUUUCACUAUACUGCGCCAUGGCACGAUGAUGCAAGCAGUCUGGAUGCCCCGGUUAUGGAUAAGCAUGAGCUAAAGCGACUGAAGUCAGGGAAGGAGUUCGCAAGACUUCGACCAAACGGUCCUCAUGACCCUGAGAGCUGGAACCGAUGGUCGACACGGGCAGGCGAGUGGUACACUAAUACUGCUUUGCAAGAUGUAGAUAGCAACUGGGAAGGUCGGAAACGAAUGCAUCAAAAUCUGGCAAACGGAUCUCUCUGGUGGGACGAGGAUGCAGAAAAUUACAUUACUGCUGAGAUACAGAAGAGCCAGUUUCCGGCUGACUGUCGAAAGACGCACUGGGUUGCUCAUCGCUCUCACUUCGCAGGAAUGUGCUCAAACUUGCACCAGAUAGUCAUCCCGCUUCUGAUCGGAAUGGAGAGGGGCUUCACGGUUCUGGAUAUCGAUCGUGAGAAGAGCGAUAACAAUCCAACGUACUUCGGGUGCGAGGCUGGUGACAGGAAUCUUCAUUGUUUCUUCAAUCUGACGUCUUGCAAGUCUGGAAAUGAUACAUACCGAAUUGAAAAGAUCGAUGCCUCGGAGAUCGCCGACGAUGUGCCCUGGGAAAAGGUUCUUAUAGAAGAAGACGAGAUCUUUCCUCCGGGUGAAGUCACGAUAGUUCAGAAUACGCAUCACGGCUUUUGCACCGGUCCGUUUACAUACGGUGACGCCUUCACCGCUGGCAAAGUGAGGCUUAUACAUGGCAUGAGGAGAAUGGGAAUGGUCGGUGUACACGACGAAAGCGUGUGCCAUCGGGAUGGUAUCGAGUCCAGGCGUAUGGAUUUUACUUUGGUAUCGAUUCUGAGCGCUUGGAUGCUCAGUAAAACUGGUGAGCGUGUGAAAAUAAUUGCGGACGAAAUCAUGGCGCGAUACUCAGACGAAAAAGGACGGCCAGCUUGGACUCCGCCUGUGCUGGGAAUCCACAUUCGGCAGACGGAUAAGAAGGGUGAAGAUCUAUUCUAUAAAAUGAACAAGAGAUACAGAAACGCCUCUGAAUACGUUGGUCCCAUGAGGAGGCUGGAAAAGGAAUAUGGAUUCGAAUGGCCAAGUGUUUUCCUAAUUUCAGAUUCUGGAUCUGCACUUACUUUGGUAGCAGCAGAGAUAAAUGGUAAUAGCUCUGAUCUUCUCUCUAGGUACAACUCGAGUAGCGCUGCAAGAAAGGAUGGAAAGAAAUUGAUCAUGUAUGAUUGGACUUCAGAUACUCAUAUCUACGAGAAGUAUGGUGAACAUGCAAAGAUUCCGAGGGCCUUGAAAGUAGAUUUGCAGGAACAUUUUUUGGCUACGUUGUACAUAUUUCAUCAAAUAUCAGAUUACGCCAUCGUCACUUAUAGUUCGAACGUUGGUAGAUACUUAGGCGAACUCAUGGCUGCAAAGCAUAGAAUGGCCCAUCCAGGAAUGGAGGGGCCUUUCGUUUUAUCCCUGGAUCGCAUUUGGAGUCACGAUUGACUUUUUUCAAGAUCAUUCAUGACGGAGCAGUCCUCUUCUCUAAUAAAAUGUUGUACCUUAGCUUUGUAUAUUGAUUUCAUCAUUGCGAGCGUCUCUGGGACUAUCGAAGCCAAGCUCUCCGACAUCCGACAUCCGACAUCUUCCUGCUUAUGGGAUGGAUAAUCGGCGAUGAAGAAAAUAGAAAAAUAAAAUAGAAAAUAUGUCAUCUAUGUGUGUUUCCUGUAAAUUGAAGAUCAUCAA